CUGUUUAUGUUAUUCUUUGCCUUAAAUAUGUCACUGAAUUCCUUAAUAGUCUGAUCACGACUAUUUUGUGCACAUUCUCAGCUUUUCAAAUCUUCAUCGCCACAUCAGGCAUUUUUUUCUUUGACUUGUUGCUAGAAACUUAGAUUAGUUAGUUACCAUACUACAAUUUUGGAACAGUCACAGGCAAUCCGCCAGUUCAAAUUUAUAAGAUGUUGAAAAUUUAUAUAAAAAAUGUUUUCCCUUAUUUUAAGGGUUCAUUUAAUAAGACAAAAGAUUUAGAAUCAUAGAAUUGAUAAAUGUUAAAGGUUCCUUAAGUUUGACUUUUCUUAUCAUACUUGUAACACGUCAAAUUUCAUCCAGUUGGGUAACUAAAACAGAAUUGACAGAAGACGUUAAUGUCAGAAAGGGGUGAAUAUUUGGGCUACGAUGGAAUAAACAAAAGAUCCGUUGCUCAGAAUCGAUGGAGAUGUGGGGGUGGUUCUUUAUGAGAAAGCUCUUUUCUUAUUAGCUUAAGAAUAGAUGAUAUUGAAAUGACGAUAGAAAUACUGAAUAAAAUAUUGGGCGCCAUCAUUUUACCAACAAAAUGGAAGACAAAACAGAAAAAAUUUAGAAAAAUAACAAAUAAAAAAUAAUAAAAGACAAAAGAAUAAAGAAAUAAAAGGGAUCUCUUUUUCACGCCUCCUGAAGGCAGCCAUGUUAAUAUCUGACCAAUAACAAAAAAGAAUAAACAAAAACUCGUAUGAUUUCCUGACUCCAAACUUUCACACGAAACUGCUGACUACUAUAUUGCACGUGCAGUUUUUAACUGUGAACUCAAAGCAGUUCUUAGUAUAACAUUAACAAUUUUAGCUUUAAGAUUAACAUUUAAGAGAUUACCACUCAACUACUACUCAAACUCUCAUUUGAAUGCAAGCCGCAUACAAUUUUUCUCACGAUGAACUUGAGCCAUUUAUCAAACCAACAGUCACCGGAAUAAACAAUCAUAAAACGAUUUUCUGAGAUACAGAUAUGCUUUAACAUUCUUUUAAUACUGGAAGCGAUCGACUUAGCAUACACCCUGUAUUUACGACCCGUUUAUGCAUACACGGACGACAGUGUUUUACACGAAAAUAAAAAUUACUGGUUUCUUGAUGAGGUUGAAUGUCGUAUCUUUGACACCGUUUCAUACUUUAUUUAUUUUUCUUUUUCGCUACAUUAUACUGAUUUUACAGAUAGUUAUUAUUUUAGGUGUCCCUUGCGAAGGCAUUCAUAAUUAUGCAUGUGACCUGCUAAAAUAUACUGGAAAUAAUUCUAACCAAAAUUUAACUGCAACUACGGAUGUGGACCUCAGAGAAAAAAAAUUUGAAUGUGAAAUAUGCCCCAAACAAUUAGCAACAAGUUUUUCUUUAAAAGUACACAUGAGAAUACACACUGGGGAAAAACCAUUUGAGUGUGAAAUUUGCACCAAACAAUUUUCAUCAAAGAAUUAUUUAACUAGACAUAGGAGAGUGCACACUGGUGAAAAACCCUUUAUGUGCCAAGUUUGCACCAAACAGUUUUCAACAAACUCAAAUUUAACUGUACACAUGAUAGUGCAUACUGGUGAAAAACCUUUCACGUGUAAAAUAUGCACCAAACAGUUUUCAACAAACCCACAAUUAACUAGACAUAUACGAGUGCAUACUGGUGAAAAACCUUUCACGUGUGAAAUAUGUACCAAACAGUUUUCAACAAACCCACAAUUAACUAAACAUAUGCGCGUGCAUACCGGCGAAAAACGAUUUGCAUGUGAAAUAUGUAACAAACAAUUCUCAGAAAGUUGCAAUUUAAAAUCACAUAUGCUAGUACACAGCGGUAAAAAAACUUUUUCCUGUGAAAUUUGCGCUAAAAAGUAUUCACAAAGUUCUACUUUACAAUUACAUAUGAGAGUGCAUACUGGUGAAAAACCUUUCACAUGCCAAAUAUGCAACAAACAGUUUUCACAAAGACCUGGUUUAGAAUAUCACAUGAAAGUGCAUACUGGCGAAAAACCAUUUGAAUGUGAAAUUUGCACCAAACAGUUUUCAACGAAACAAAUUUUAAAUACACAUAUGAGAGUGCAUACUGGUGAAAAACCAUUCACAUGCCGAAUAUGCAACAAACCGUUUUCACAAAGUUCUAAUUUAAAUAAUCAUAUGAAAACACACACAAGACUGUAUUCAAUGUCGUUUUGACACACCUUUUGAAACGUAUACUUAUAUUACGAAUCGGGAAAAAUGACUGCGUAGUGUUAGCACUAUAGACUAUAAGACAUCCAGCUCCGACAGAAAACUGGCAGCACGUUGCUACUAGCGCCUCUACCGGCUGGAGUUGAUAACUACGUUUUCUCAACGUAAACAUACAAAUUUAAUUUGGUUAAUUUUUGGAUAACUAGCUAAUCUCGGUAAAUCGUGUUUGUAUUUUACACAAAAUGUCUUAUAAAAUGGUAAAAUGGACUCUUAGAAAAUUCCUAGAAUGGGAACAAAAGAACUAAAAAGUGUAUGACUUUGCCCCCAUUCAUCCUGAAUAUAGUGUUUAGCUGUUCAGAAUUUCUUGUUAAAAGAAGGCUCACCCAAUGGUCUAAGAGCUAGCAACGUUUUCGAGCAACUAUUUUAAGACAGCUGAUUGUUUAAUAUAUUAUUCCCUAUGCAUCCUAGAACACCUUACCGGCCAUCUGGCUACUGAGACAGGUUGCGUUCAUUACUGCGCAGCGCACCUGUACAGGUAAAUAUAUCGAAUUUAAAAUUAUUUUAAGACGAAAAAAUUUUUUGCCAUUGUAAAACAUUCUUAAAAAUAUGAAUUAUAAUUGCCAGACAUUUCUGUGGUUGCUAAAUACGUGCCAGACGCUAUAGUCUAAAUGGCUAUCAACGUUUUCGAGCAACUAUUUUAAGACAGCUGAUUCGUUAAUAUAUUAUUCCCUAUGAAUCCUCGAACACCUUCCCUUCCAUCUGGCUACUGAAACAGGUUGCGUUCAUUACCGCGCAGCACACCUGUACAGGUAAAUAUAUCGAAUUUAAAAUUAUUUUAAGACGAAAAUUUUUUUUGCCAUUACUUUUUAAACAUUAUCAGAAACAUGAAUUACAAUUGCCAGACAUUUCUGUGGUUGCUAAAUGCGCGCCAGACGCUAUUUAUUAUAACUAAUAAUAGAAAAAUUUAAAUCAUUUUAGUAUGUCUGUAAGUUUAAUAUUAUAUUAUUAACACAUAAAUAAAUGCAAAAUUAAUUUGCCAGACAUUAAUUCGGUUGCAUUCACCAGCCAGAUGGAUUUAAAAUCAUAAAAAUAAUGUGUAUUUUCAGCAAAACGAUCGCUGGCUGUGUUAAGAAAUAAGACAAACAAAAGAUACAGGUAAAUAUAUUUGAAAUUAGUUUAAGACGAAAAAUUUUUUUGUCAUUACUUUUUAAACAUUGUUAGAAACAUGAAUUAUAAUUGCCAGACAUUUCUGUGGUUGCUAAAUGCGCGCCAGACGCUAUUUAUUAUAAAUAAUAAUAGAAAAGUUUACAUCAUUUUAGUAUGUCUGAAAUUUUAAUAUUAUAUUAUUAACACAUAAAUAAAUGCAAAAUUAAUUUGCCAGACAUUAACUCGGUUGCAGUCAUCAGCCAGAUCAAAUUAAAGUUGUAGGGUAUUCCAGUAAUAUAUUAGUUAUUACAGAAAGAUAGCGGUAGAGUAGACUGGCGGAAAGAGACAGGAAUAAAUCUACCUACCUACAGUAUUUAAAGAAAUUUUUAUUUAUCUCAACUUAGCUAAUAAUGACAGAAUUAAAUAUGUACAAUGUUAAUAAAUAAAAAUUAUUGUUGAAAUUUUCAACAACAUAAUAAAAAAUAAUAUUUUUUAUUCGGGAAUCAUUUUUUUCAUUUAAAUUGUUUAAAUUAAUGUUUUCAAAUUAAAUAAUCAUAGAAAAAAAAGGAUAAAAUGAAAUUGACGUCGUAUCAAAAUGUAUACUUGUAUUUAUGAAUAUGAUAUAUAUUAUAUAAUAUAACUUGUGUCACUCACACUUGACAGCGAAGAACUUGAUGUAUGACGAAGAUUUGACAAAACUGAAUUAAUGUCAGAUAUGUUACGAUACUUAGCCAUUAAGGCUACAAAAGAAUGUAACAUUUUUUAUGGUAUCCAUCAGUGGUAUUCACUUAGUCCGGUAACUGUACAUACAUUAUUAUAUUUUAAAUCGCAUUUAAUACGCGCACUCAAAACGUCUUUACACUUUAACAGUUUUUCAUCCACAAAAGUUAUUACAUUCUCGUUUUUUUCCUUGCAAAACACACAUUGUAUUUUAUUUGCCAUUAUAUUGUAUCACAAUUACUUUUCACUAAGUAGAAACUCGACAAGAAUCGUUAACAAACUGUGAAUUUAUUGUGACUGACCCAUCUUAAUAACAUGUGCGGAAAACAUUCACCCCCGAAAUUGUCGUAUCUUUUGUUUGUAUAGUUUCUUAACCCAACCAGCGAUCGUUUUGCUGAAAAUACACAUUAUUUUUAUGAUUUUAAAUCCAUCUGGCUGGUGAAUGCAACCGAAUUAAUGCCUGGCAAAUUAAUUUUGCAUUUAUUUAUGUGUAAAUAAUAUAAU